CAAAACAGAGUCGAAGAAAAUCAAAGGGAAAAGUGAAGGCUGUGCGAGUGCGAGAAGAAAAACUAGGUGGUUGCUUGCUGGCUGCUGGCACAAAAGUUUUCCUUUCGCCUUUUUCCGUCGCGUCGCGAAAAUCUAACGGGAACAGUGUCAUCGUAUCGGGGUGUCGUCAUCGUGGGGAAAUGUUUUCGGUUCGCAACGGAUUGUCGGAGGCCACCACCAGCUUCUCAUCCUGAUGAUUCGCGGUUCGAAACGGGGAAAAGUCGUACGUAGAGCUCCUCCUGCCGAGCCCGAGCGGAGCGAAUCUGUGAGCAGUGUUUUGGGGAAAGCGGAAAAGAAUAAUAAUCGGUUGCUGGUUGACGAGUGUUUUGUCCUCGGCGGAUGAAGAGUCGUGGAAAGGCCACGAGAAAGUGCUGUAAGUGGCUGGUGUUGGAGUAGGUCCUUCCUCUUCCGAAUAUUUUGUGCCGUGAAAGAUUGAACGUAUUUGGUGGUGUCCGUGUUCCGGAGAUCACUCCGAGAGAGUCUUGAGGAAGAGGAAGGGAGUUUUGUUUAGAUAGUCGAAUAGAAUGCGGACAUUGAACGGGUUCUGGUGCUUCCUGCUGCAGUAUGUGGCCCUGUCGGUGGUUUUGUCCGGCUGCGUUGCUACAGCGGACAAUAUUCCGUCCGUUCCGACGCAUAAUAUGUCACACAAGGAGCGGAAUGAGCUGAAGGAAGAAGCCAGGGAAAUGUUCUAUCAUGCCUACCGGGCGUACAUGGAGAAGGCCUAUCCAGCGGAUGAAUUGAUGCCCCUGAGCUGCACCGGAAGGUACCGAGGAAUAACGCCAUCUCGAGGGGAUCUGGAUGACGUUCUGGGCAACUUCUCGAUGACGCUGGUUGACACCCUGGACACUCUGGUCAUUUUGGGCGAUCUGGAAGAGUUCGAGCGAGCCGUGAGGCUUGUAAUCAAGGACGUAAAAUUCGACAACGACAUUAUUGUCUCGGUGUUCGAAACCAACAUCAGAAUGGUCGGUGGUUUAUUGUCGGCACACAUUUUGGCCGAGUAUGUUCAAAAGCAGGCUGACGUAAUGAUGUGGUACCGUGGUGAACUGCUCGAAAUGGCAAAGGAUUUGGGUUAUCGAUUGUUGCCGGCUUUCAACACGUCGACCGGGAUUCCACACGCAAGAGUCAACCUAAAGCAUGGAAUGAAGGUGGAAGCGCUGCGUCAUUCCAGAGAAACAUGCACGGCAUGUGCCGGAACGAUUUUGCUGGAAUUCGCUGCUUUGUCCAGGUUGAGCGGGGAGCCCAUUUUCGAAGCCAAGGCACACGCUGCAAUGGAUGCCCUGUGGAAGAUGCGUCACAGGAGUUCGGAUCUGAUGGGAACGGUUCUGAAUGUCCAUUCCGGGGAUUGGAUCCGGCGAGAAUCGGGGGUGGGAGCCGGAAUCGAUUCCUAUUACGAGUACUGCCUUAAGUCGUACAUUCUGCUGGGAGAUGAGCGAUACUUGGCUCGCUUCAAUCGGCAUUACAAUGCUAUCAUGAAGUACAUCAGUCAGGGUCCGAUGCUGUUGGACGUGCAGAUGCAUCGUCCCCACACGAAAACGAGGAAUUUUAUGGAUGCCCUGCUGGCAUUCUGGCCAGGUUUGCAGGUGCUGUCCGGUGAUUUGAAACCAGCGGUGCAAACCCACGAAAUGCUGUACCAGGUGAUGCAGAUGCACACAUUCAUUCCCGAAGCAUUUACUUACGACUUCCAGGUCCAUUGGGGACAGCAUCAUUUGCGGCCAGAAUUCAUCGAAUCCACGUAUUUCCUUUACCGAGCAACUGGAGAUCACUAUUAUCUUCAGGCUGGGAAAAAAGCGCUAAAAGCACUGCAAAAACAUGCCAAAGUUCCUUGCGGCUAUGCCGCAGUCAAUGACGUCCGUACGGGUAAGCACGAGGACCGAAUGGAUUCCUACGUGCUGUCGGAAACAUUCAAAUACUUGUACCUGCUGUUCUCCGAUCCUUCUGACCUGCUGCUGAACAUUGAAAACUUCAUCUUCACUACGGAGGCCCAUCUACUGCCAUUGACGCUGGGUCAACUGGGGAACCACACUUUCAACAUCAAAGAGCACGAGGAAGGCAACAUGCUGGACUUUAUGCGAUCCUGUCCGAGUCCGAACAAGUUAUUUCCUGAGACGGUCAGGCGCCCCCUUAGAGACCUGGUUACGGGAGUCUGCCCGCGCAUAUCGAGUGCCAAAAGACUUAGAGCGGCUGACUUUCAGGCAAGCAAUGCAGAUCAUCUACGGACAGUUUAUGACAUGGGUAUUACGAUGGUUUCUCUAGGCGAGGGGAAGGUUCAGCUGCUGCAUAGUUUCUAUAAUGCCAAAUCUCCCGAGGAUGCCGAACGAGGGUUGAUCUUCAUGCAGGAGAUGGUCGAACUAUCCAAAUCGAAUGCCAUUCCGAAGACACAACUGCAAGAAGUAUCCUUCCAGAGGAGCGGUGAGGAGUUACAGGUGCUCAAAGCGGGUCCAAGUCACUUCGGACCGGAACUGACGGGGGAUAUGUCGAUCUCCCAGCGAGCGGUGUUUGCCAGUCCGUCCAAGGUUUGCACAAGCCUUAAAAACAGCAAAGAGCUUAAGGGUAAGAUAGCAAUUCUAGAACGAGGUGAUUGUACAUUUGUGGACAAAGCUCGAAGAGUUCAAUCGGCAGGUUCCAUAGCCGCCAUCGUUUACGAUAACACGCCAAACACCUCGAUCGACAACCAGCAGAUGUUUGCCAUGUCCGGCGACGGACGGGACGACGUAAAGAUUCCAGUGGUGUUUCUCUUCACCAGGGAAGCCGAAGUGCUGCUCGCGGCAGUUAAAUCGGAUCCUAACCUUGAGAUCACCCUGAGGGCCGUGAAGGAGCUGAGUGAUCUGCAUUCCCCGGAAAGCACGAACGCACAUUCACAAAAGAAGACUGAAUCAGCCCGGACCUCUAGCAGCAGCAGCAGCAGUAGCAGUAGUAGCAGCAGUGAAUCAAAAUCAAACAAGCCAUAAUAGUAAUUGUGUGCGGCCUUCGUCGAAUGCUGGGGGCGAUAAAAGGAAAAGAAAACCGACUAUUAGGUAAAAGCUGAGAUAACGAAACUAAUUGGCAUUAGCGAGAAAAACAAACAAAAAAAAUGACGAAACAGUGUAUAAAAGUUUGUAAAUUUUCCAUUGAGAAAACACUGUGCGAAGAUGAUACUAGGAGUUUGAAUGAGAGAGUAAGUGAGUAGAUAGAGCUGUGCAUUUUUUUCCUUUUUCAAAGUGAUACAUUUGUUGACGAGAAGUAUGAAGUGUAAUGUGAUGCAGUUUAAAUGUUGCAGUACUGUGAGCAUAGUUAAGACUAGUGUAAACUUUUAUAGCAUAAGUUAGGUUAAAAUAAAAAAUGAAAAAUGUGAGAAUGGCAGCAGGUUGUUACGCAAUUUAAUGAAAGGAAAAUGUUAGCAACAUAUCAGUUGGAUACCAGAUUGUUGAUAAUGAAGCGGAUGGGUAGAGUUAAAGUGUUCCAAACCGGUGCUAAUCAAAAAGAUGUUCACUGUAAAAAAAGAAAAAAUAACGAAUCGUACUGUACAUACCUAAACGGAUUUUAUAAAAUCACGAAAGAGACGUAAACAACUGCUAGCACUGAUACGGCGAAUUGGAGUGCCGUAAACAGGCCAAAAUGCUCCGUCGACUGUUUCCGCUGAGUAGCAGUUUUCAUAGAAGACAUUCGCUUGUACAUAGCAACGAACCGAGGAGAAGAUUUCCACAUUUCCAAAGAAAUCAUUUCCUACAGCCAGCAGCAGUCGCUAGUUAGUCACAAUCAAGAUGCAAUAUGAUGAAGAAUUUAUCUUAAAUUCUAGAAAAAAAGAAAUAGUUGUGAAUAAAACGAUAUAAAAUU